CUUGUAGUUUUUCAAAAUGCAGAGUUUGUGACAUUUAGAUCUCUGGAAAAAAAGCAAGAUAUAAGGCGUUGCCCUGCACAACCACUAUUAUUCUGUGAGCGGCAACUCAGUGUGCCAUUGCAUGCACUUUCACUCCGCUUUUCCGGGCAGCGCACGGCUUUGAGGACUGUACACAUGGCACCCACAGGCUGCCCAAAGCCUUCUCGCUGCUAAGGCCUGUCCUGUGUUCAGGCGAAGCUGUGUUGAACAGAAGCCUCCGACAUCUAUUCCUGAUCAGCACUGGAGCCUACUUCUCACACAUAGGACACUUCAACACAUUUUUCUUUCUAAGGCCUAAAAAUAUCAUUUUAACGGCUUCUUAAAGAUCCUUUUACAAUUCUACGCACAGACCACACUUAUUGCUGACAGUCUGCACAACCUGAAGAAUUUUACGCACAGCACUGCAGUUUUACACUAAGUCCACUAAAGCUAGCUAUGAAAGUGCACUACAUGCAAAUUACUACUAAUGACUCUCUUGAAGUAUGUGUGGAGAAUUAAGGUUUAUAUUUAGCACUUCCCAUCCUAGUCUUCAGACUUGAAUUUCAUUUACUUCAGCACUCUCAAAGGCAAAAAGACAAAACUGUCCAAUAAUGAAAUUCAGUUAGGCACCAAAAUCCCUUUUUACCCAUAGCAUCUACUAUUCCAAACCAAGUUUUGCACAGCAAAACCUUAAGUCCUCAGUAAGCACUUCUAAAGGUGUAAGUUUUGCAAGCACUCUCUCUCCCAAACCAAAUAAAGCAGCUUCAAGGCAACCACACGCGGGUGUCCGAGCUCUCUUCACUUUACACGAUACAAGGUGCAACGCGGGGUAGAUUUGCAGGGCCAGGACUUCUGAUGGCUGCAAGUUGCCCACGUUAAGCCUAGCGAGCCCAGCAAUGCCCAGUGGUGCAUGCUUUUCUUCACAGCCGUCCAGCGAGGUGGCAGACCCCGGAUUUCUUGGCCUGCGACUCGGCUCUUACCCUGCCCUGGGGCUCCCCGAGCCGGGGCCGCAGGGAAAGGCCGCGAUGCCUGCCCGGCGUGCUAGGACAGGGCCCGGCCGGCACCGAUCGGUGAGGCGCAAAGGCGCAUGAUGAAACUUUACGACGGGUUUCAACAGCAGCCGGCGGCAGGGGAGGAGCCGGCACCGACGGGGGCCGCCUUCUUCAUCACCCGCCGCGGCGAGAACGGCAGCUUUCCCUGUGCCGGCGGCCAGGACGGGAUUCUCCGCUUUCAGGUAGAUCAGCAGCCUCACAAUGUGCGGUAUCUGGGCCCUCUUUGGGAGCGAUGAAUGCCUUUCAGUCCAGUGUCUAAGUGCCAUGAAGAUAGCACACAGAGGUCCUGAUGCAUUUCGUUUUGAGAACGUCAAUGGAUUCACCAACUGCUGUUUUGGUUUCCACCGCCUUGCGGUUGUCGAUCAGCUAUAUGGUAUGCAGCCUAUCCGGGUGAAGAAAUUCCCGUAUCUGUGGCUGUGUUACAAUGGAGAAAUCUACAAUUUCAAACAGUUGCAGAAGCAGUUUGGAUUUGAAUAUCAAACAUUAGUGGAUGGUGAGGUUAUCCUUCAUCUUUACAACAGAGGAGGAAUAGAACAAACAGCAUCCAUGCUAGAUGGUGUAUUUGCUUUCAUCCUCCUGGACACUGCAAACAGAAAAGUGUUUCUGGCAAGAGAUACCUAUGGAGUCAGACCACUGUUUAAGGUGCUGACUGAUGAUGGAUUUUUGGGUGUCUGUUCUGAGGCAAAAGGACUUAUCAACUUAAAGCAUUCAACAUCCUUAUGUCCUAAAGUGGAACCGUUUCUCCCGGGUCAUUAUGAAGUGUUGGAUUUAAAGCCCUCUGGCAAAGUUGCAUCAGUGGAAUUAGUAAAAUUUCAUAGCUAUAAAGAUGAACCACUCCAUGCUACGUGUGAUACAGUAGAAACUCUGCCUUCAGGCUUUGAUCUUGAAACAGUGAAAAGCAACAUCCGUAUUCUGUUUGAAAAUGCUGUUAGAAAACGUUUGAUGGCUCACAGAAGGAUUGGCUGUCUUUUGUCAGGGGGCUUAGAUUCCAGCUUGGUUGCAGCUGUUCUUCUGAAACUGAUGAAAGAAAUCAACAUCAAUUAUCCAUUACAAACCUUUGCAAUAGGAAUGGAAAACAGUCCUGACUUACUGGCUGCCAGAAAGGUGGCAGCACAUAUAGGCAGUGAACACCAUGAAGUAAUAUUUAAUUCUGAAGAAGGAAUUCAGGCAAUAGAGGAGGUUAUUUUCUCCUUGGAAACCUAUGAUAUAACAACAAUAAGAGCUUCAAUUGGUAUGUAUCUUGUCUCCAAAUAUAUACGGAAGAAAACAGACAGUGUGGUCAUUUUUUCAGGAGAAGGAUCAGAUGAGCUGACACAAGGAUAUAUAUAUUUCCAUAAGGCGCCGUCUCCUGAAGAAGCUGCAGAAGAGAGCGAGAGGCUUCUGAAGGAGCUGUACCUGUUUGAUGUACUUCGUGCAGACAGAACUACUGCAGCGCAUGGUCUUGAACUGAGAGUCCCAUUUUUGGAUCAUCGAUUUACUUCUUAUUAUUUAUCUCUACCAGCAGAACUGCGAAUCCCAAAGUUCCUGAGGCUCAUGACAUUGUUUUUCUGCAAACAGAAUGGAAUUGAAAAAUACCUUUUAAGACAGUCCUUUGAAGAUUCCAACUUGCUUCCCAAAGAAAUACUCUGGAGACCCAAAGAAGCUUUCAGUGAUGGUAUAGCAUCAGUAAAGAAAUCCUGGUUUUCUAUUCUUCAGGAUUAUAUUGAUCAACAGGUUGAUGACCUUCUGCUGGAAAAGGCAGCAGAGAAAUAUCCUUUCAAUCCUCCUAAAACAAAAGAAAGCUAUUACUACCGCCAGAUCUUUGAAAAGCACUACCCAGGGCGAAGCAACUGGCUGCCCCACUACUGGAUGCCAAGAUGGGUUAAAGCUACUGAUCCUUCUGCUCGCACGUUGAAGCAUUACAAGUCUGCUACCCAAGAAUAGGCUGUUGAAACAAUCCCCCAAAUAGAAGUGCUGCAAGCAAUUUGCAUGCACUCUGCUUAAAAAAAAAAACAAAAAAAAACCAAACCCAAAAAAACCAAAUUAUGCAAACCUAAAGCUUAAAUGGUCUUCAAGAUGUAUUUUGACAACGCUAUUGGAAAUAAGAGCUUUCUGUGGUUAGUAUACUGUUAAAAAUUCACCCUGCUGUACCAAAACUUUGUAAUUCAAGGGAAAAUACUUCCUGGACAAGGAACUACCCUAUUUGGCAGCUCUGUUUUUAUGUGACCUUGAUUGUAUUCAUUUGCCUUGCAGUCAUUUAACAUAUUUUACUGUGAGCUCUGUUUUGAGGACUUGAAUAAGGCUAAGUGAUGCAAACUGCUGCAGGCUCCUUGAGCAAAGGGGAAUUUGACCCUAUUUAGUGAUUUGUGUUCCUGGCUGUGGGAUUUGGAUAGUCUGUCUAUACUGUUCUGUUCUGAAUAUCGUCUUAAGCAUUCCUGAGAACCUUGGUCUGGUUUUCAAAAGUUAUUUAGAUAUUCAUAGCUAUGCAGAGAUGCUUACUAGCGAUUAUAAUAGUGGUGGUGCUGGGUGUUACUUAAUUAAAUGAAUGGGAAUCUUAUUUGUUACUGUAAAGCCACCAGUUGGUUGUUUUGAAUCUUGUAAAUAUACCAGCAGUCUAAAGAUAUCGUGACUGUUAUCAAAGAGCAGAACAGACAAGAGAAGCCGAGUUAUGUCUUUGUUUCUUACUCAGGGGCUUUGAUUUUUAAAUGUAUGUAUCAUUCUUGAAAAGUAGAGUGUUCACUGGGUGACUUGUAUCAGUCUGAUGGAAGUUGCAUGACAAAGUAUUUUAAGAAAUUUUUCAGUUAUGGUAAGAAUUUUUUCCACCUGUAUGAUGAAAAGGUAGGCUGCGUUACUGCUCAACUGCACGUGGCCAACUGUGUGGUGAACCAACCCUGUACACCAUAGAUUUUAGUUGGACAAAUCAUCAUUGAAGACAAUGGGAUCAAACACCUUGCUUGGAAAAAUAGAAAAAAAAGCUUCUCCAGAAACCACAAGAACUUCUACUACCCUACUGAAAAACAAAUGACUUUUUACCCAGGACAACUUUCUAUUAGCUACUUAGACAUUGGGGCUGCUUUUUUAAAGGUAACUUAAACAUAAGGGUGGUCAAAAAAUAUCCAUGUGUGCUGCAGCUUGACUUGAUUAGCAUCAUGCCCUUUAUGAAGACAUAAGUCUAGUUUAUUGUCCCUCUUGACUAGGAAACCAAAGCCAGAUGUUAUUUAAAAGAUAAAAUAUAAGCAAUUUUGGUUUAAAAUCUUCAUAAAAUGACUGUCUAUUUAUUACUCUCUGCUAAUCCUGUGUUUGAAACUAUUCCAGAAACCUUACUGAACCUCUCAGUGGUACCACAGAGCCCAUGAACUGCCCAGCUAUGACCAGUAGUGGCCAUAUUUUGACAUAAACUUGCACAUAUUAGUUAUUUAUGAAUAUACGAUGAGUAAGGUAAUACGUUCCUGCAGGCUUCUUUACUUGAGGGCCAUGUGCUUGUCUUUUCGGAUUUCUUUGAAGCAGUAAAGUAUAUUUUGACUUGGGAGAGGAGUAUAGAGUAUGUUGAUUAAGUACUAAUAUGUCAAGAUAAGAUUUACCACUCUCUGUAAACUUCCCAAGGCUGAGAUGAUAAGAAAAUACCAUUUGCCUGAAGUAAAAUGAGGCUCAGCAUGU